AUAAACGCCAGGCUGAAUGGCUGCAAGUUGUGAAAACAAAACUGAUUCAGUAGAAUGAAGAUGUAUGUAAAAGAGGAGAAUUUACAUCUUUGGCCCAAAAGUAAACGUCGCCAAUGUAAGGUAUUACACGAUUUUUUCCAAUAAUUCUGCAGCUGUGUGAAUAUCCAUUUAUUUUCAUUUUAUCUGGGAUUUUACUCAGUUCGGUCCGAUCUUUUCCUCUGCUAUUCUAGGUCCGACAUCUACAUGUGUCUUGUGGCUGCUACUUUGAUAAUCCAUGGAUUUAUUUAGUUUACACUGUUUUACCAAAAUCUCGGAUUUUUUUCUAACUCACUCAACGGAACUUAUAUUGUGAACCGUUAAUCUGCCGAUUUAUAUCACCUGAUAAAUCUUUCUAUUUUUGUCUGUCAAUUUUUGUAAUGCAUAUUUCUUACCUUGUCUAUUUCCAUCCUAUAUCUAUCUAAUUUAUCUCUAUCCUUUCCUUCCUUUUCUGUUAAAUUCAUUACAAGCCUGAAAAUAGUCUUCAGACAGUUGGAUUCCGAGAAUGACAAACUGCGUCAUGGAGUCGUGACGCAAUAAUUUAAAUAUCGGAACAUUUGUUUUAAAAUUCAACAAAGAUAUGGGAAUUCUAUUUUAGUGGACAAAAAAAAGAAGAAAAAAGUCUUAUUCUUUGCAAAGAAUUUUUUCAUUUCCUGAAGUGAACACUCUUUUUAUUGAAAAAAAAAAAAAUUUCUUUUUUGUGUGGGAGAUCUAUUUAAUUAUUUCUGAAAAUGCCGGCUGCGAAUAUUGUAGUUAAUGAAACAGACGUACUCCGUCUUGUGACGGAAUUUCUUCAGAAUCGCGAACUGAACAUUUCAAUGAUGUCUCUCGAACGAGAGACAGGAGUCAUUAAUGGCCUUUUUUCAGACGACAUGCUCUUCCUACGUCAAUUGAUACUCGAUGGUCAGUGGGACGAUGUGAUGGACUUCGUUCAGCCAUUGGGCAGUGUUGAUGAUUUUGACACAAAACGUUUUGAGUAUAUUAUUAUGAAACACAAAUAUCUGGAAUUAUUGUGUAUCAAAUCUGAGCCUAGUAUUAUGGCCAAUUACGACUUUACAGUCGACGAAGUGGUCAAAUGUCUCAACUCGCUUGAGUCGCUCUGCCCGACUAAAGAAGAAUAUAGCAAUCUUUGUCUUUUACUGACCUUACCCCGUUUGGCUAGUCAUAUCGAUUACCAAAACUGGAACCCGAGUAAUGCUCGUGCCCAGUGCUUCAAGACAGUUUAUCCGUUGGUUGAACACUUGCUACCAUUCGAACGUAAAAACGACCAGAACAAUCUGGUGGCCAAAAACGACCGUUUGUUACAAUUACUUUUGAAAGGUUUGCUCUAUGAAUCUUGUGUAGAUUAUUGUCAAUCAAAAGCAACCAGCAACGGAGAUGAAAUGGAAUUGAAAUUUGCAUCUCUGUUGAACGAUACUGGUCUCAGCGAUGCUGAUUUGAGCCUCCUUUCCUGGUUGCAAAGUAUUCCGACGGACACAUUUUCUUGCCCCUUUGAACAGAAGACUAUGAAUGUCGACAUUCGGCCAAUGACAAAACCAUCUCUGGAAGCGUCUUGGUCGGAACAGAUUCUUGUCACCCCUAUCAAACCUCGCAUGUUCCCACACUCGCAUGUACCCACCACUCGUCCGAGGGGAGGCGCUGACAUGAUGACCCGCUCACUAAAUCCGCAGUUCGACGGCCUGUCUAGCGGCUUAUGGCAAGGACGUCGAGACUCGGGUGAUGGACUUAGCCCUAUGUCGCGUUCCAUGACCCCUGCAGCCAGGCUGUUCAAUAUGAAAAAGAAUCCUAUGCAAAUGUCGAUGGACAAGCUGUUCGAAGAAAGCGAGGUCAUCAACACUCAGAGCUCAAUUUCCGACGAUUCGCGCUCAUUUCGUUCGUCAUCCUCAGUGACAUCGUCGCCGUUGCGCACUCCGAAGAACGUCAAGUCAGGUACCUCUGGUACACCACCCCGUUCUUUCUCACCUGUAAGCAAUAAUCUCACUGCUUCAGUAACAGAUUCCCCAAAACACCUCAAAUUGAACACCACCGCCUCUUCCACGCCAGGGCCUGCUGGGUCCACCAACACGGAGUUGUUUAAGGAGUAUCAACGUCAAAAACAGCGCCUGCAAGAACAGCUAGAGAUUCAAGAACAACAGAAGGAGCUGUACCAGAAAGAACUCAAUGAACUCGAAAAGAAGCAGACCAUGUUGAACGAUAACAGGAUCAAGGAGGAAGUACGUUACUCGCAACAAUCAUUCAGCUCACCCGAAACCUCGACUCGGUCUUUACAAGGGACUCCAGAUCUGAUCACAAGUACACCUAUUAAUGGGGAGAGGCCACACAGUCCCUCCCCAAAUACACCUGUGUUACCUAACACUUUGCCCAGGACCAAGCCUGUGGGCUUGGUCAAAUGUGUCGACCACAAUGUUACCAAAGAUUCAAGUGACACUCCUGCUAAGGCUGGUGAGGCAAGUCCCUCUCUUCAACGACAGCACAGCUUGCAUGGGGUCCCUGCAAAGUCUGUUCAAAACAAAUCCUCUGCUCAGAAGCCGCUUGGUCCCGUCAAGGGAAUCACUCGGAGUGCGAGUGUUCAAGGGACGCCGUCAGAAAGUGGUGGUGUGGAAAAGACCUCAGCUCCCAGCAAAGUUAAUAAACCUAAGACAUCCAUCUCAAAAUCAACAUCAGUGAAAGAAUCCCAAUCUCCAAACUUGGUUGAUGAUGUGCCAUAUUCCGAUGGACCCACCUCUAACCAAACAAAUUUGACUCCAGCAAAGCCUGCCGAGAGUUCACCAACCAGAAUCAUUUCAAAUGUGUGGUCUGGAAACUGCGCCAGUCAGCCUGACGACUACGCCCACCAGAAAGCAGCUAUUGGAUGGCAGGAUUUCAUUUUUGACAAGAUGAGACAAAUGGACUACCCUACCUUUCACAAGAGACAGGUUCCUUCAGAUAAUAAACUCCAUUAUGUACCUGUUACAUUUCUCGAAGAUGUCCAGGCUGUGAGAGCAGUGGCUUUUCAUCCAUCAGGAUUGUUUUAUGCUGUUGGAUCAAACUCAAAAGUUUUACGGAUUUGUUCAUUCCCAGAUAUUCAAGAUAUUCAGCAAAGUCACAUUACCCAACCAGCAAAUAUGGUUUUUAAACGAGCAAAACAUCAUAAAGGGUCUAUUUACUGCGUUGCCUGGAAUUAUCAAGGCAAUGUUAUUGCAACUGGUUCAAAUGACAAAUCUGUGAAGUUGACAGCAUUCAAUUUUGAGUCUUGUACUGCUGAAGGUCCUGAAAUUGAGUUAAACCACCAUGAUGGCACCAUUAGGGAUGUGCUGUUCAUGGAAGAAUCCCCAAGUCAUUCCUCUAUACUGAUCAGUGGUGGUGCCGGGGAUUGUUCCAUAGGUGUAACUGAUUGUGAUCGUGGACAGUUAGUACGUAAACUCACUGGACAUUCUGGUCAUAUAUAUUCCUUAUGUCAGUUAAGUGGACACAUGUUUGUGAGCGGCUCUCAAGACAAAACAGCAAGAUUCUGGGAUCUACGAGCUUCUACUGCGAUCACGUGUGUACCUAGUAUAGAACCAGGAAGUCCUUUUGCAUCAGUUUGUGUUGAUCCUUCUGGUCGACUACUAUCUUCUGGUCAUGAAGACUCAACUGUGAUGCUUUAUGACAUCCGUGGAGGUCGUAUCAUCCAAAGUUUCAAACCUCACCAGAGUGAGUGCCGCACUGUUAGAUUUUCGAUGAAUGCUUACUACUUAUUGUCUGGCUCGUAUGACCAACGGAUAGCCCUGACAGAUCUUCACGGUGACCUGUUACGACCGCUGCCCAGUGUAAUUGUGGCUGAACACAAAGACAAAGUGAUUCAGUGUCGCUGGCAUCCUUCCAAGCUGGCAUUUGUGAGUUCUAGUGCUGACAGAACUGUUGUCUGCUGGGCAUUGCCAUUGCCUUGAAUUAAGUACAACUGGCAUUUGAACUUUCGGAAUGCAGAGACUGUUGGUUAUCAUGGCUGUUGGUACAAAAAGGGUGAGGAAGGGGCUGCUAAAUAUACAAACUUUAAAUAAACAAGCUACAGCAUGGCCAAAUCCUGUUCAACCUAAUCAUGUCAUUAUUUAACAGAUUACACAUAAAUAUAUGCACGUACACAAACACACACACACACACACGUAUAUGCACACAUACAUAUAUGUUAUGUGAGUGGUUGCCAUGUGACUUGUAAAAGUUCCAGUUUUGCCGCAACUAACAAACAACCAUUUGUCCAAGAAUACAUUGCCUGAUGAAAUAAUUCCUGGAUGGUUUGUUACUCAGCAGGCAUGUGUAAUUCUUGGCUGGUAUUGUUUGUGGAAGGGGUUUCAGAGAAUGCUGGUUGAAGGGAGAUUAACAUUGAAAGCAAUUCGGAUGUUGGUGGUGCUGACAAUUACUUCACCUUGUCAUCCCUGCUUCAAUCAUUGCAUGUGUGUUUUCGUUUGUUUUUACAUACAUAUAAAUAUGCACAUGUGCACACGCAUAAACACAUUGUCUCAAAAGCAAGUGCCUGCAUGCCCUCCCACACACACACCUACAUACAUGGAAGGCAGAUGUUAAACGAUGAUGAAACGCAUCAGAAACAUGCAGGCAUUCAUAUAUCUAAAGAAACAUACACAUGCACAAGUGUGUGUGUGUGUGUGUGUGUAUAUAUAUAUAUAUAUAUAUAUAUAUAUAUAUAUAUAUAUAUAUAUAUAUAUAUAUAUAUACAUAUAUAUAUAAAUAAAUACACACACACACAAAUACAUAUAUACACGUAUGUAUACAAGCAUACAUUAAUUCAAACAGGUCUGUGUAUGUGUUUGCAUGCAACCCUCCAUACUUCCCAUUGCCUUCCUUAGCCAAACAGUGUUUACCUUUUCCUGUCUCAGCUUUUCCAGGAAUCAUCCUGACACAUAAAUGUAUUUCUGUGCUUAGUGUGUCUUCUCGAGGUGUUUUACAAAUUUCCGUGUGUUACACAGCUAGACGCAGGUAGAGGUUUGUUUGUUUGUCAGCCAAACAACAAAAAGAAAUCAAAGUAAUUUUGAAUAAAUACAAUGUAGUUUUUUUUUAACUUCAGACAAACUCCCAUCUUAACCACUGCAAUCCCCACCUCCAUACCUCCUUUUUAAUUCCUAUAUUUUUAUUAAAUUAAAAAUUUUUUUUUAUGUAUAAAUUUUUCUCCCCCCCACCUUUUGUUCUCCCUGACUCACGCUAUGCGUUUUUGGUCGUGUGUAUGUGUGUAUGCAUUAGUGCACACACACGCACUUGUGUGUGUACUUAUUUGAAACUUGAGAUUUGUACUCUGUUGCUGCUCCAAAUUUCUCAUUACUAUCAUGUUUCUCAAGCUCACCAUCGGGAAUAUGGCAAAAAUAUUGAUUUCAGAUAAAGAAAUAGAUUCUACAUAAUGUAUUGAGUACUUUUUCUCUCAUUUAUACACCUAAAUGCAUGCACACACACACACAAACAAACAAAAACAAAAGUGGUUUGGCAUUUCAAUAUCAAGUAAAUCCAAUUGAAAAAUUACUGUUUUGAGACAUUUCCUGUGAAUAUCAUUUAUCUCUAUUUAUUAUUUUUAUUUUUUGUAAUUAAAUUAUUAUUCAUACGUUUAAGAUAUUUUUGUUUUCUAAGAUUUAUUAUUAUUAUUGGGAAGAUGCAAUGACCAAUUGAGACACAGUAUUGCUGGCUCCGGAGUUGUGGGCCAGGUAAGAGUUGUCUCCUUCUCUGGCAGGCCAUCUCUACUUGCCUGAAGAUUUUGUGUUCAUGUAAGAUGUUAUCUUUAUUAUAAUAAUUAUUUUUAAUAUUAUUAUAAUUAUUGUAAUUAUUAUCAUCAAUGUAAUUAUUGUAAUUAUUAAUGUUGAAUUGUUUCAGUGAUUUCUAUAAUUGUCCGGUCUUAAUAUUGAAUGAUUUUUUUUAAAAAAUUUUUUUCUUGAAUAAAACUGGCAAAAUGAAUCAA